UUGAAUGUUUUAUGCGCAGUGGCAACAGGUCUGAGAAAUCUUUCUUUAGAUUCAAGGAACUUAGAACUUAUUGGAAAGUACGAACUAAGUGAUCUGAUAGAUAAGCUUCCUAACACCGCUGUCCGUCGUUCGCCUGUUAGCGACCAGACUAUCGUGGCCGUGUUGAGUAUGCUUUUUGAAGUGGUCAGAAGUAGUGCUGCUUUCACCAAGGGUUUUCACGAGGCUAGUAGUACCAAAAAGUUGCGAUUGCUAGUCCACAGUUAUCCAAUGCAUUCAAACGGAGUGUGUAAACAUGCAAGCCAAGUACUAUUCUUGGUGUGGCAGCACAAAGAAUUGCACGACGGAUUCAAGAGAAGUGGUUUGAAAGAAGCAGAUUUCUACUCGGGAACGGCGAGGGGUGAUUCGACAACGUUGGUAAGGCCAAUAUCAAGUCAAGGAAAGCAGAAACCUGAUCUGUUGGAUGAAACGACAAGUGGCGAAGAAGAAUAUUGCGCGGUUACUGACUCACAGCAUCGACGUCCCUUACACCAUCAACAAAUCGCUCCAGAAAUUCAGAGCAGGUAA